AUGUCAACCACUACCUGCCUUCAGCUCGACGAAGUGCGAAACGAGCAAGCGAAUUUCCGUCGCUGCUUCUUUUCUGAGCCUCCGUCUCACGUCUCUCAUCAAUUAAGAGAGGAACCGUCGUCCCCGAAGUCCGAAAUUUUGGAGACACGGCAGAAGGUGCUUCUUCUCAAGGGAGCUCGGGAGCAAUACACCCUGGUCGAUGAUCAUACUGUUCCAUCUAUUUUACAUCCUGGUGAAAUUCUCGUAAAAGUAUUGGCAAUCGGCCUCAACCCGAUCGACUGGAAGGGACCUGCUUUCAACUUUGGCAUCCCCGGAUUACCAUGGAUUAACGGUCGGGAUCUGGCAGGGCUAGUCGUCCAAGUCCCCAAUGAUUCGUCUCGUCUUCGUGUUGGCGACGUCGUCCUGGUGCCGUCAACAGACUAUCGUGACAUUAGGAAAGCAGCUUUCCAAGAAUACGCAGUUGCCACCGAUUUCAAUGCAGCUCGCAUCCCAUCUUCAACAUGCAUUCAAGCCUCCGCCUCAGUUGGCGUUGCCUUCGUCGCUGCUGCCCUGGCUUUAGGUGUUUCAUUCGGGUUGGACUUUUCCCUUCUGAAGCGAUGUCCUGGUCCAAACCUGGUCGAAAUUAUCAAUAAGCUUGAAAAAAGCGAGAUUCCAAGUGACAUUCAUGAUGAAUGCUUUGCUUCGUCGUCAGAGGCACAACGGCCGCAGCCCGGUGAAUGGGUUGCGAUUUGGGGAGCCUCAACAACUACCGGUCUUGUUGCUCUCCAGCUGGCUAAACUUGCUGGUCUUCGAGUCAUCUGUGUGACUGACGUCGCGAGGCACGGAGCGAAGCUUGUGAAGUCAGGUGCCGAUUUGCUCGUUGAUCGCCACGAUACCGACCGAGCGGUAGAGAUUAUUAUCGGUGUCACUGGUGGUAAGCUGCGAUUUGCAGUGGACAUUGUCGGCAAGGAUACGGCCACACUUCUCCAGAAGGCCCUUGACCCUUCUGGACACUCCCAUCUCUUAGGGCUUACAGGACUUCCGAAGGAGCAAGUACGUGGCAUCCACCAACACACCGUGCCAAUUAAGUUGUUCCAUACAGCACCUGCCGUGGGUGAAGCUAUGGUGACCUGGUUGGAGGAUCUGCUAAGCUCAGACAACUUGACCUUGCCAGAGAUUAUCGAGGCGGACGGAGGACUAGGGGGAAUCAAUGCAGCAUUGGAGGUAUUGCGAAGUGGAUCGGCCUCUGGGAAACGGAUUGUGGUGGGGCUUGGCGAGCGGCCAUAA